AUGGCUAAUUUCAUGGCCGAAUUCUCUCAUAGACUGACUAUCACCACACGCGAAGAAGUCGAAAUGACGAAGUGGAAGCUUUACGUGGAUGGAGCGUCGAGCGAAAAUGGGUCAGGAGCCGGCGUCCUGUUGGUCAGCCCAGAAGGCCACAAGAUUACUUCGGCAGUACAAUUUAAAUUCAAUGCGUCGAAUAAUGAAGUAGAGUACGAGGCGUUGAUUGCAGGGCUGCAAUUGGCAAAUCACUUAAAAAUCAAGAGGCUCAGCAUCUUCAGGGACUCUCAACUAGUCGUUGGACAAGUAAAUGAGGAAUACCAAGCGCGCGGCAAAAAAAUGGGUACGUACUUGAGAAAGGUAAAGGAAGAACUCAUCAAGUUCAAAAGCUAUGAAAUACUUCAAAUACCACGAGCUGAGAACACCAACGCCGACGCCCUAGCGAAGCUAGCGUCUUCAAGGGAUUCCGACAUACUAGGGAUCGUUCCUAUCGAAUAA